UGUGAAGGUUCUCAGUCAUCCAGGUCAGACUGUUGUUGAAUGUGAUGGCACCACCCAGUGCAUUGGAUUGUCAAUGCCCACAUUUCUAACAUGUAACACAGCCAUUUUUAGAGUUUUACUGUAAGUCUAACCCUUACCCUUCCCCGAAUCUUAACUGUCACUACAACACAAGAGCCCUAGUGAUGCGGUCACAGAAUUGUGAUCCUCAAAGUGCAGCCUCUGGCUCUGCAGACACAUACAGGUGCAUCCCACUAAACUAGAGUACCGUGGAAAGGUCACUGCUGGAAAGGCUGGCUGUUCUCAGAGUGCUGUAUCAAAGCAUACUAAUGGAAGGUUGACUGGAAAGGGAAAAUGUGGUAGAAAGAGGUGUGCAAGCAACAGGGAUGAUCGCAGCCUUGAAAGAGUGGUCAACAAAAGCUGACUCAAGACCUUGGGAGAGCUUCACAAAGAGGUUUCAUGAUACUGACAACAUAAAGCUUCCAGACAGCUUCGACCCUCGCAAGCAGUGGCCAAAAUGUCCCACAAUCCAACAGAUCAGAGACCAGGGAAACUGCGGCUCCUGCUGGGCCUUUGGUGCAGCUGAGGCGAUAUCGGACAGGGUGUGCAUCCUCAGCAGUUCUAGUGUCUCAGUGGAGAUCUCUGCUGAAGAUCUUCUGUCUUGCUGUGACUCGUGUGGCAUGGGAUGUUAUGGUGGUUUUCCCUCUGCUGCAUGGGACUUUUGGGCAAAGAAUGGACUUGUGACAGGAGGCCUGCAUGGCUCCCAUGUCGGCUGCAGACCCUACAGCAUCGCUCCCUGUGAGCACCAUGUAAAUGGAACUCGUCCUCCAUGUCAGGGCGAACAAGACACCCCUAAGUGUGUUGAGCAGUGCAUUGAUGGAUACCCACUCUCUUAUCCAAAGGAUAAACACUUUGGUAAACGCACAUACAGCAUCCCAGCCGAUCAGCAGCAGAUCAUGACUGAGCUGUACAAGUACGGCCCUGUGGAGGCAGCUUUCUCUGUAUAUGCUGACUUUCUGCUUUACAAGACAGGUGUGUACCAGCACUUGACAGGAGACAUGCUGGGCGGUCAUGCCAUCAAGAUCCUCGGCUGGGGAGAGGAGAACGGGACGCCCUACUGGCUGGCUGCAAACUCCUGGAACAGCGACUGGGGAGACAAAGGCUUCUUCAAGAUCAAACGUGGAAAUGAUGAAUGUGGAAUUGAGUCUGAAAUGGUUGCAGGAAUUCCAGCCGUCUAGACUGAAUGAUCUGCAGUUUGAUCUUUAAAUGAAGGCGACAAAGGAAGAUUUACUGAGAGAUCAUAUCUUAAAAGAAACUUGAAUAAUGCAUUUAAAGACAGAUAUUGACAGAUUUCAUGUAAUCAACAAGGAACAAGUUGCAUCAAGUGUUAAAGAAGGGUUCUUUGUUCUAUUUUGGCUUGAAUAAAUCAUGAUAUCCAAA